CUUGUAUAGUGUACACAAUCAAUACUGUCUACGUCCUGUUUCUUCGAUCAUAUUUCUGUGUUGGGGGAUGCGAGGAUUUAUACAAGGCUUUUAUUCUCCUUGUCUCUCGAAGCGUUUCAGCGUGCAUUUUACGUCUUAAAAUAGACAAAAUCUUCACUUGAUUCAGCCUGCGGGCACCCACUACUCCGCGUUUUGGUACCUGGAUGCUUUGAACCAAGCCCUCACGAUCCCACUCUCGCGCGACGACAGAAUCUCCGCCGAGACAUUGUCGACAUGGCGCGAGACCGUAGUUCCGCUCAACAGGGCAUUUCUUCGUUGCUCACAAAGAUCAGCGACCCUGAUCCGGACAUACGUUUCAUGCAACUCAGCGACCUGACAAACAUCCUUCAAUCAAACACCACCGAGUACAUUCACCAAGAUACGCACACUGCUGCAAGACUCAUCGAGGCGCUGCUCAAGGCCCUCGCGGAUCAGCAUGGAGAGGUGCAGAAUCAGGCAUUGAAAUGUGUCGGACCGCUGGCCGCACGUACACCAGGCGAGAUCAUUGCACCUUUGAUUGACAAAAUCACCGAUCUCACCAACACCGAUAUUGACCUUUCGAUUCCCAACACAGCUCUGCGCACACUUAUUGCUGCUUUACCUCACCCUGAAUUGAACAAUGUAGCACCGAGCGGCGAUGUAAAAGAAGCAUAUGGCGCUAUCAGCAAAGUCUUGAUACCUAGACUAGUUGGACGUGUCGUUCUACCCUCAAACAAACCGGUACCUCAACUGCCAACAGGGUUGCUAGAGAAACCAAAGGACAAGGCCUACAGCAGCGAUGCUGUAGACGUGAUGAUUGAGAUUGUCAAGUGCUAUGGAUCUAUGCUGCAAGAGCUGGAACUGGUGGCACUGGCAAAAGCUGUCAUGUCCAUGAUCGAAAGUCCACAGGCUGGGAGUGUGGUCAAGAAGAGAGCGUUGGCUGGUAUCGGUGCUCUGCUGGUCCACUUCAACGAUGCUCAGGUCAGUUCCUUUGUUGCGGCACUGAAAGAAAGCUUUCAGAAUGGAGAACUCACCACAGAGCACCGAAAGUUCCUUGUCGCCACCGUCGGAACGCUGGCACGCUCCAGUCCAACAAAGUUUGGUCCCUAUCUCAAUGAUGUCGUGUCAAACGUUCUUCAAGUAUUGAGCCAGCAGGAGCUGUCAUCCACGGCAUCUGUCUCAGACGAAGAUAUCGAAGUGGACCCGGAAGUCGAGGAGCUCCGCGAGACCGCACUCAUCUCCCUAGAGGCACUGCUGGCUUCAUGCCCCACAGAGAUGCAUCCUCAUCUCUCCGAAUCUAUUGACGCCGCCUUGAGGUAUCUGAAGUACGAUCCUAACGUAGCGGACGUGGAAGACGAUGAGAUGGGAGGAGUUGGAGACGAGACUUCCGAUGAUGGUAUCACAGAAGAUGCUCCAGACGACGAUGAUGAUGACGAAUAUGCGGAAUUGGACGACGAGGACGCUUUCAGUGAUGUGGACGACAUGAGCUGGAAAAUGAGGAGAUGUGCCGCCAAGGUGUUGUACACCAUCAUCUCUGGAGCUGCUGCAGCGGACCGCGAAAUUCUCUUUGGCAGAAUUGCACCCGUUCUGAUCUCGCGUCUUUUCAGUGAAAGAGAAGAUAGCGUCAGAUUGGAAGUCAUUGCCGCCACUACGGCUUUGAUCCGCAAGACUGGCUCUGGAUUGACUCAUGAAUUGACCCGAGUCGAUUCCUCUGACAACCCCGCAGCACCAACAAACACUAGGAAGCGCAGACGACAAGACAGUGAGGCUGAUAGACAAGACCCCGAUCUCAGAGGACUAGUUUCCAUACGAUCGAGUCCACCAAUCAUGCCUGCUUCUCCACCGACAGGUCCUCAGGCUGAGCUCGUUGGACUUGUUCCAAAGAUUGUUCAAGCUCUCUGCAAGUUAUGGAAGAAGGCCAGCAUGUCCCUGAAACAAGCGGCUGUCAUCAUGCUGAAGACUCUCACACUGUCGCGAAAUGGGGUUUUGUCAGAUCAUUUACAGCAACUCGAAGAUCCCAUAGCCGACGCUUUGAAGCCGUCAAAUGCUGCAGGCUCUGGAGGUGCGGGUUCAGGAACGUCGGCGACUGUGGCCAGCCUACAGAUCGAGACGCUGACACUAAUCAGUGCCAUUGUGGAGACUAACGGCACCACUGUCCUGAUCCCCUUUGUCAUUGCCUUGAUACCUUCAGUGACGGUAAUCGCUCGGGACAGAAACUACAAAGUUUCAAGCGAAGCUCUGUCUACCAUUGAACAGUUCGUCAAGGCCCUUACACCACCCCGACUUUCUACGGCGAACCAAGACCAUGCUAUGCAUAUUGCAAAGCUAUGGGAUGUCAUUGUGGACCGAGUGACGGACAACAACACUGACUUGGAGGUACGUCAUCGCGCCAUUCAAGUCUUUGGGGUGCUUGUUGCAAGAACCUCAUCGACACAACUUCUGUCUGGCGAUGCACGGGUCAAGAGCUUGGGUAUUCUCCACGACAGAUUGAGAAACGAAACCACAAGACUUGCAAGUGCACGAGCCAUUGGCCUUGUUGGCGAGGCUGCCAGCGCUCAUGAUAACAUCGGAGCUGCCUGGAUUCGAGAGGUCACGGCAGAAAUGGCCAACCAGCUGCGCAAGGCUGACCGGGCUCUCCGUGUCUCUUGCUUGGAAUCAUUACAGUAUCUUGCGCUCAAUCCCGUCACAUCUUCCUCGUACGACACAAACACAAUCCUACUACUACGAAACUUAUUGAUGCCUUUGAUCUCAACGAACGACCUGCAUCUUCUCACCCCCGUACUUAUCAUCUUGUCUAAGAUUAUCCCAACGAACGCGGAAGCACUCGUCCAUGAAGAAACUGUCAUGGCUCUUUGUUCCAUUACACAAGCGAGGCUUGAGGGCCCACCGUUGCGAGCAUACCUUUUGGUUGUCAAGGUCAUCGGCGAACAAGGCGUAGGAGCGCUGCUUAUGAAAGGGCUCCUAGCUGUUGGCACAACCGGUGAGACUGUGGUACUGGGAAGAGCUAUAGGCACUUUGCUGGUCUAUGGUGGAGAGAACCUAGGAGUUACGAUCCCCGACUUUCUGAAAGAAUUGGAAACAUCGACAGAUGUUCGACUCAUCUGCCUGGCACUGACCGUUCUGGGCGAGGUUGGCUUCCGUUUGGGUCCCAAAUCUCCCGUUCCCAUCGAGACUUUCAUCAAGUGCCUGUCAGCUGGUUCUGACAAAGUCCGACUUGCUGCUGCCGUCGCCCUUGGGAGUGCCAGCUCAAACAACGUCUCCCACUGCUUACCCACUAUUCUCCAGAGCCUCAACCAGACAUCUGGUCAAGACUACUUGUAUCUGCACUCCCUCAAGGAGAUUCUCGAGCACUCUGAAAGCUCUCUCGGCGAGCUGACACCCUUCGCAUCGGAGUUGUGGCAGAAACUGUUUGCAGUGUCACAAUCCGAAGAUAAUAGUGCCGUUGGUGCCGAAUGUAUUGGCAGACUUGCGACCAUUGAUCCAGGCACUUAUGUCCCAGAACUGGCCAAGUCGCUAGAGGAUUCGGACACUACCGUCCGAGGCACGGUGAUUUCAGCAUUCAGAUUUACGCUCGGCGAGACCAGCAGCUCCUACAAUACAUUACUCGUCAAGAUGAUGACUCCGAUGUUGCAGACCAUGCUGAGUGAUGCCGACAUUUCCAACCGCCGACUUGCGGUUACAACCCUGAACGCUGCGAUCCACAACAAGCCGGAGCUCGUCAUACCAGACAUCAGUCAGCUCCUACCCACCAUCUUCGAGGAUUCGCACAUCAAACCCGAGCUCGUCAAGACCAUCAAGAUCGGUCCUUUCACACACCACGAGGAUGCAGGACUAGAUCUCCGCAAGUCCGCAUACGCAACCAUGUACGCAUUGCUUGAUUGUCCCGGCGCCAUCCCACAUCUUCCUAUCCCGAAGAUCUUCGAUCGCAUCUUGGACGGGAUCCCUGACGACCACGACAUCCGGACUCUGUGCAAUCUGAUGCUUUCAAGAUUGGCAGUGAUCGAUCCAGAUGAGACCCGCCGACGCCUGUCCAGUCUCGCCGAGAAAUUCCGCAUCGUUUUGUCGGCCAAGAUCAAGGAGAACGCGGUCAAGCAGGAGAUUGAGAAGGUCAACGAAGCCAAUGCCGCGGUCCUUCGGAUCAGUAUGGAACUGGACCGCAAAUUCCCCUCGACGGCCGAUAACCUCGGUGGCGAUAUCAUGCCUUGGAAGGGCUACGUCGAGUACAUAAAGAAGGAUUUUGCCCCGGUCAUCCGAACCGUGCUACUCGAAACUGCUUAGGAUGCGGUUUCUCUGGUGGAUAGCGCAUAUUAUGUGGGCAAGAGUGAGGACGGGAGCUCUUGGGAUCAGACGAGCCAAAAUAUGUAUUGAUAUUGCGGUGCAUGGCCGCAUGGACAUUGCGAUGGACGCCCUCGUAAAGCGCGCGGCAACUGGUAAGCUUAGCAGUUGCAUUUGGGACGAAGACGAUGAUUGAACGAGAAGAGAAGAGAAGAGAAGAGACAUUGUGUCUACCCAGCAAGGUCGUUGUGGUAGAAUUGUGGAAGGGCACUGCACCUGAAUGUGUAUAGUUUAGUGAGCAGACUAGUGGACAAAAUCAUGCGAGAUCAGCAUUUCAUCCACUUC